AUGGGUUGUCUACUUCCAGGAAGGGAUCCUGAUGCCUGGACGUGUUACUUCUGCUCGCAGCCAUGCUACCCUUCCAAGGGCAUCACAUUCGUGCGCAACGAUGCCAAGCUGUUCAGAUUCUGUAGAUCGAAAUGUCACAAAAACUUCAAAAUGAAGCGCAAUCCACGAAAGCUCGCCUGGACCAAGGCUUUCCGCCGAGCGCAUGGCAAAGAAAUGACAGUCGACUCUACGCUCGCCUUCGCACAGCGCCGCAACAUCCCUGUCCGAUAUAACCGCGAUUUGGUUGCAAAGACUCUACAGGCUAUGCAACGAGUCUCCGAGAUUCGCGUACGUCGCGAACGCCAAUUCUACGUGAACCGCAUGAAGGGCAAUAAGGCCAGACAACUCGAGGAUGACCGAAAGCUCGUGGCGGAGAACCAGCACUUGUUACCACCGCAAUACCGCGACCAGGUACAAGACGUAUUGACGGAAGACCUUGAUGCCGAGAAGGUGGAGAUGGAGGUCGAGGAGGACGAGCUCGAGUUGAAGAAGCAGGAGAGAAUUUCCGCGUCUACGAGAUCCAAGACAAAGGCGAAGGGAAAGCAACGGCUAGUACGAGGCCAGGGUCCCGAAGAGAUGGACGUCGACGAGUAA